AAUUACCCGAAGCCGCCGCCGCUUUUUUUCUAUCUCGCUACGAAAUCAUUUCUCCGAAAAAAAUAAGAAAAUUAAUUGUUAGUGCACAAAUAAAUAAAAGAGGGUUACUUGAUAGUUUUUUUCAAUUAAUAAGAGUAAACAAGGCACAAUGGUUAAAGAAAAGAAACAAUUUAAUAUCGGUGAUCUGGUAUUCGCCAAAGUCAAGGGCUACCCAGCGUGGCCAGCGAAAAUUACAAGAUACAACAACAAAAAGUAUAAUGUAUACUUCUAUGGAACGGGAGAAACCGCCAAUAUUAAGGUCGAAGACUUAUUCCAAUACAAGGAGAACAAAGAAAAACUGGCUACCGACAAAAACAUGAAACGCAGCAAUUUUCGAGAAGCAAUGGAACAAAUCGAAGCCGCACUAAAUGGGGAAGAUUCUGCGCCCAUAGAUUUACCUGCUGUUGUGGCAGGGGGUGCGGAUACAACAAUCGAUACUUCACAACUGGAUAUUAAAUUGGACAGCACAAUGGAUGAAAGUGCCUUAAAUGCCACAUCCGCAGGGCUAGAGGAAUCACAAAUGGAUAUGGAGGAUAAAGAUCAAGGUGAACCUGUUGCUGUGAAGGAGGAGUCGCCAGUUGCUGUUGCUGCUGCUGCUGUUCCGGAAAAAGUCUUAAAAACUGAAACAGAGCCGGUGGCAACAGGUCCAGAGGGUGAAGUUGUUAGUCGUAGCGGUCGUAAAAUUAAAGUGAAACGUUAUAUGGACGAUGUUGGCGAUACGACAGCAUUUAGCCCUCAUGCACCCCCUACAAAGAAAAAAGUGCCAUCAGAAGGUCUAGCACAUCAUGAAAUUAAAUCCAAGUCUGGUAAGAAGGUUGUUUCAAAUUCCAAACCUGUUGCCACCAUUACGCCUACAGUUAAAUCUGGCGGCAAAACUGAAGUUCUCAAUAACCUGGUGCUGGCCUUUGUACCACCUGCCAGAUGUGUGGGCAUAAAAUUGGAUUACCAAAAACCCGAAUCAUUUGAAACAGCCGAAGAAAAACUUAAAUGGGAAGAAAAUGCCCAGAAGGAGGCCGAAGAACUAAAAGCAAAGCUUGAAAUGGGAACUGUUAAAAUUGACGCCGUCAUGGAUCGCGUAGUUCUGAAUCCACCUCGCUCUAAAGUACAUCGUGAUGCUGCAAAUCGUUUCACCAAUCAAAUCAUUGAACAGGAAGAUGCUUUAAUAGUGGAGCGUGAUUUUGUUUUGCUCUCAAGCCAACUGAGAGACUGUUUGGGUCUGAAAAGGGCCGAUGUGGAUCGCUGUUUGGGUAUUUUGAAGCAAUACAAAGAAUUCCAAUUGACUAAAAUGAUACUGUUGCGAAAUCCAGACUGUGUUGAUAUUAUACGUCGCAUGCGGCGCUACAUUGGCAACUUGAAGCUGUGGGAUCUAACCGACGAAGAAGAAAUGGAAUUCAAAACUAAAGCUGAGAUUAUACGUUCAGAAGCAGUUUUGAUCUAUAACAAUUUCAAAAGGAUGUUUGGCCCCUCUCCCUCCUCGCACUUUUGGGAGGAUUUUUACAAUCAAGCGCAAAAGUAUGCGGAAAAUACAAAAGAUAUGACAGAGCAAAAUCGCAUAGUUCUGACGGAGGAAAUGUAUCAGAAAAUAUGUAAAACAAAUUCUUCCAAGAAAUCCGAAGUGAAAACAUCUGACGACGACGAUGCCGAAAAGAAAUCAAAAGCAGAAGACCCCACACUCGAUGCUAAGGAGGAAGCACCACAUGUCGCUGAACAAGUCGCUGUUCCUGCCGCCAAUGAGGAAGCAGAAAUUCCUGUUAGUAUGGACACAGCCGUAGAAGCAAAUUGAGCAAUUGCAACCAUAUACAAUAUCUUAGGUUAACACAUUUAGUUGUUUAGUAUGUAAACCAGCUAAAACAUUAAAACGUAAGCGACUAAAUUUUCAGCCUCUUUUUGAUGAAUUGAUUAUUUUUACUCUCUCGCAACUUUUAAUUAAAUUUUUUGUGGGCAAACCUGAAGCAAAUUUAAAGGGGCAUGCUCUGAAUUAUAGAAGAAAUUUCUAAAUUUAUUAACCUAUUGUAAGUUAUGUAUUUUAAAAAUAUUCACUAUGUUAAAUAUUUUAUUUUUUUUUUACGCUUUAACACAACGUAAAUCUUCGAAAGUUUAUACAUACAUACAUGCAAAACAAAAAUUUUCAUAAUGGAUUUUGAUUUUGUAAAAAUUGCAUCUGUUUCUAGGGUGGCUCAAACCCUGAAAACCAUUUAUUAACUUUUAAUAGUUUGUAGUUUCUCUAUGAGAAUUAUAUGAUUGAUUCUAUUAUUAUUACAACAACAAUUCCUGAGCGCAUAAAUAAGAAUAAGCAUAAUCCUGUUAGUACUAUUUCUACGACUACUACAACUGUUUCUCAAUUCUUGUUCUGUUUAAAAUUUUCACUGGCCGAUUAAAGGGAUGUUAAAAAUUUUGUCCAAUACAUAUAACAAAUUCACACAAAAAACAAUUAUUUAAAAAAAAAUAACCUUGUGUAUUAAAUAACUUAAUAAAAUAUGAUUUUUUUAA